AUGUUUUUCUCACUUUCAUCUAUACGAAAGCCUAAACAAGAAUUCAAUUUAUUACAUUUGGAAACUCAAGAAUACUACUUUCUAUCCCUCAAAGUUUCACUCCAUAAUAACAAUGAGUAACAAUCUUGAAAUAGCAAUAGAAUUCGUGGCAAAUUACACAUUUGUUCCCGUUCUUUAGUAUUUCAACCAAAUCAACCAAAAUUGCCAAUGAUAAAAAUGAAAUAUUCAAAUAACCUUAUUAUGAAGAUUUUACGUAACAUUGAUACAAAAACAAUGAAUUAAAUUAUGUAAAUAAAAUGGACUCCUUCUUUAUUAAUGGAAGAUAUUGAUACUUUAGAUAUUAACUAAUUGUAUUAGCAUUUCAAAAGAGAUAAAAAUAAUGAAUUAUUAGAUCGACUAUAUAAAGUUCAAUCUAGAACUGCCAAUUAACAAUUUACUAUCAUGUUUCUAAGAGUAGAUAAACUGUUUGUUAUUAAUAGAAAUCCAAUCAGUCCCUACAUUACUGAAACUGUAAGUUAAUUUCAUUAUCAUAUAGUCUGAUGAGAAUAUUGUGUUUUCAAUUUCAUAGUCAAAUUCAAAAUAAAAUAUUAUCAGAUUUCUUAAACUUUAUUAAGGUCUUACUUAAGCUGAAGAUGAGAACUCAUUCAUUGGUACAAUUAUUAAUACAACUUUAAAUGAAGCUAUGAAUGAACAUAGAGCAUAAUCAUCUUAAUAAGGACUUAAAAUUGAAAUUGCUGUUAAAUGUAAAUUAAUUAGACCAGAAGGAAACAUAUAUGGAUUAUUUUCUAUUUAAAGAGAUGAAGGUAUCAAAUAUAUUCCAUUAAUCAAUUCACCUAAAGGUAAGAUAUUAAUGUGGUAAUUGACGGAUAUUAAGUUCUUUUUAAAGUAUCGUUAUAUGUUUAAAUAAAUUGGCUUGGAAAUAUGGUUUUUUAAUAAAAAACGUAGUGUUUUACUUGUAUUUGAAGAUACUUAAUAACUUGAAACUGUUUAUAAAUAUCUGAUUAGAAAAACAACAAAAAAUUAAAUAAGUUCUAUCACUAUAGAAAAAUUGACUGAACUUUGGGUUAAUGGAGGAUUGAGUAAUUUUGAUUAUCUAAUGUCUUUAAACACUUUUUCUAGCAGAAGUUAUUGUGAUUUAUCCUCUUAUCCUGUAUUUCCUUGGGUUAUUGCAGAAUACACAGAUAAAAAUUUUGAUUUAACAUCUUCAGAAUUUUUUAGAGAUUUGUCUCGUCCAGUUGGUGCUUUAAAUAAACAUAGAUUACAAAAAUAUAAAUAGUCAUAUCAAGAUUAAUUGAAAAGUCAAAAAAACAAUAAUGACAUUAUUCCUUAUAUUUAUCCAACUCAUUAUUCAAGUCCUGGUACAGUUGUUUAUUAUUUAAUCAGAAAAAUACCUGAAUUUGUUAUUAAACUUUAAAAUGGUGUAUUUGGACCAACAGAUCGCAUUUUUAGAGGUAUUGAUAGCACCUGGUAUACAACAUUGAAUUUACAUGCUGAUUCUAAAGAAUUAAUUCCUGAAUUUUAUUCACUAGAUCCAGAUUUCUUGAUAAAUUGUGAUAAAUUAGAGUUGGGAAUGACUUAAGAAGGAGAAGUUAUAGAUGAUGCAAUUAUACCACCUUGGGCUACUUCUAUGACUGAUUUCUUAUUGAAAAUGAGAAUGGCUUUAGAAAGUGAUUAUGUAAGUUCUUAACUACCAAAAUGGAUUGAUUUAAUUUUUGGUUGUAAAACUAGAGGAGAUGAAGCUGUCAAAUAAGAUAAUUUAUUUUAUCCAUAUACUUAUGCUGAAAAUGUGAACUGGAAUUAAUGUAGAACAUCUAUAGAAAAAUAGGCUUUAGAAACUUAAGUAGCUGAAUUUGGUUAAGUACCAAUUUAGUUAUUUAAUUCAUGUCAUCCCAACAGAAAACUCAAAAUAUAGCCUGUUUUAAAAUAAUAAUAAUGUUUACAAUCUUCAAGUCAAAGGAAUGUAUAAUUAACAGACAUACAAUAAGAAUCUUAAAACAAAGAUUAUGUAGCAUGUUUGUAAAAUUAAGUAUCCUCACUAUAAUGGGAAAAUGAAAAGUUGAAAUUCAAUUUAGAUACAAUUAAAUAAGAGUUAUAAUUAUAAAAAAUUGAGACAUUCAAUUCAUAAUAUGAUUAGGUAUAUAUAUAAUAUUAUAUUUUUUAUAGGAAGAAAUCAAUAAAAAAGGACAGGAUUUGAUGAGUGAUGAUAGUAUAUAUCAACAAAGCAAGAUAUGA